AUGGUGGGAGAGGGGCCAGUUGUCAUCUUCGUCUUCCCCCGACCCGUCUCUAACCCCGUCCCUCCUUUCCUCACCCGGUCCAAUCCUUCGCGACACUCCCAAAAACGCCACAUUCGCACCCUUGAGUUCAACAAACCUCAUGGCGCAGCAAGUAUCCGCGAAAGCCGUCUCUCAAUACCCUCUUCCCCCUCGUCAGUACUACCAAUCAUGCUCGACAAACCCAUCCAGCCCCCCUCCGCCGCCCUCCGAAAACGACUCGUACAGCAUGUUUGGCCGCGUGUACACCACGGAAGAUCGCAUGCCCUCGCUUGA